AUCAAGUCUUUUGUGUACGUCAGUGCGUAACACAAAAUCGUUACCAAAGGUCGAAUAUGUAACUCUGCCAGUCGAUUGCAGAAUGCAUCAGUUAUUGUUGUUCGGUAGCAAGGUGAACAAAGUCCUCACCACCUUGUUCCCAGGUGUUUGAAGUGUAUUUCCGAGAACGCAAAGUCCUUGUAUUGUCAACGUGAUGUACUAUAGUCUUUGAAGGUUACAAGCGGCGAAUGUUUCGAAUCCGACAGACAGCCACACAGUGACUGUAUUCUUGACGGUUAGCUUUUUUUGGGAAUAGACAUGGACAACAGAUGUACACGACACCCAUUCUUGUACUCAAGCUAUUCGGCUUCAUCUGAAUCGUGCUCCUCAAUCGCCGCCGGUGUGACACUUCCGGCACACGUCUCUGUUCUAGGACAAGAAAACGCUUCUAACAAAAUGCUAUUUCUAUAUGGGCUGCCAGCCGGUGUGGAGACGGUUGCUGUCCGAGAUGCUGUCGUGGACGUCCUUAAGGCCUGUGAUAUGCGCUUAAUACGUCAUCUCGAGACCCUUGACAUUAACAGCAAAUAUGGCACAUGCAUCUUUUACUUUGAGCGACAUUCGUGGGCUGCGGCCACUUUGAGUUAUUUUACCAGCAACGGCGUCUUGGAGAAGCUACAGACACUUCUUGGAGGAUUCGAACUGAAUAUCUCCUUCAACAGCCGCUAUGAUGGGGACGUCGCAGAUCCCGCCGCUCGAAAGCUGUGCGAGCUAGUUCUGGACAAUCUUCCAUCGACGGCUAACAGCUGGGACAUAUUUCAGCGGUUGAUGUUUCAGCCGAAUUGUGACCUGGUGCCGUUACGAGUAAAAAUAACAGACAACAGAAAGGCCAUUGUAACGUUUACACGGCGCGAGAAUCUUCUCUACGCAGUUUUUCGGCUCAGCUGCACACCAUUAGUAAUCGAUGGAGUCAGACUGGAACUACAUUGGAUUCAGAACUCAAAUGACAUAGUUCCAGACGUGACAGUGGUUUGAACGAAUGCUUACCCCAUCGGACGGCUCUAGUAUAUCAACGACUAAAACGAUAGCUCCAUCACCUACAUCGGUACGCCCAUCGACGUCAAUAACGGCCUAUUAAAACUAACUCUAGAAUCAACGAGCUACUGACCUACAUUCGUCCGACCACGAUAGGCACACGAUGAGGUGUCAAAAUGGUCAAAAAAAGCAGAGGUGUGGCUAACCGUCAAGAGCCUGAUUCGAAGCAGCAUUUUAGAACCAGCUCAGCCUGAACGUUUUUCCCCAUCGUGUUUUUUCGUACUCAGUGUCCAGAUUGUGUAUUACAGAUACAUCGGACCGGAUAAUCAAAUUAUCGAGUGUCUAUUGAACAUACUUUGUUCUAUGUAGAAAUGAAUUAAAUAUUAGGGAGGCGCGUAUGACAAAUUUCUGGGAGUAUGCAUGGCGAAUCUUAUGAUCACUGGAUUCGUGAGGUAACCUUUCAGGGUAUGCUUCGCCGAUUGGGGCAUUGGUUCACCCCUUUGUACGUAUGAUUAUGCUGUAGUGAAACGUCGUAACACUUUUGUUCUGUUAGUUUUGUAGAUGAGUUCCAAAGUAUGGACUAAGCUCGAAGAUUUUAACGUAGUUAGUUCUAUUGCCUAUUGAAGGCUCAGGUUUUUUCUCAGGUUUGCUCAUCGCAUUUAGUGCUUAAACGAAUACAUUUCGUGGAAGUAUUCUGUUUCAAAGCAUAUCAUAGUCUUAAUUAUGACCAAGCUCGUAUAUGUCACAAUCUACGCGGAUUUAUAGUAUGUAAAUAUGAACGGAAAGUACGAAUGCGCAAUUUGCACUUAACGAUAGUCGCUCCGUAGAUGCACAUAAGCGUAUCUUUGAGUCAUCUUUGUUUUGGUACCUCUUACGGAGAUACCUAAAUUUGAACACUGCAAAUGUUUCGCAGGAAUAUUUUUAACGGUACUUUUCAUGAAGACAAAAACAUUGCUUGAAAACAGGCUCAAUUUGUAGACAUGGUAUUAGUUAAAAUGUCUUAUAAAGUAUAUCGAACCUUUCGGACACCACGUCCAAGUCGGCUAUGUCAUAGACAAUUGUGGAUUAUGAACAAGCCAGCAAUUUGGUAGUUAUCAAUAAAUAAUUAAAAAGAACUUGUAAGAUACAUAUUUAGAUGCUUAAUGUAAUGAAAAUUUGUUGCUAAGCUUUCUAACAUUCGAAGCAAAAAUCGAGAACCGCGCGAUGGAUGAACGAUAAGAAUGAAUGUAACGCAAUAUCUCAUACGA